AUGUUGGUCUAUCAGGAUCUGAUCUCUGGUGACGAGCUGCUGUCCGACUCCUUUGAGGCCAAGGAGAUCCACAAUGGCAUCUUCUAUGAAGUCGAGGGGAAGUGGGUGGUGAAGGGUGGUAUUGAGGUGGACAUCGGAGCCAACCCCUCUGCUGAGGGUGGCGAGGAGGAGGCUGUGGAGGAGCAGACUGAGAAGGUUGUGGAUAUCGUCGACACCUUCAGACUACAGGAGCAACCAGCGUUCGACAAGAAGGCGUUCGCCGCUUACCUGAAGGUUUACGUCCAGAAACUCGCUGGCCUGAUUCCGGCUGAGAGGGGGCAGCAGUUCAGGGCGGACUCACCCGCCGCUGUCAAGUGGCUCAUGUCCAAGCUCGCUGACCUGCAGUUCUUUGUUGGUGAGAGCAUGAACUUGGAAGGCUCGAUUGCCUAUGCUUACUACAAGGAUGGUGCUGCCAAUCCCACCUUCAUCUAUUUCAAGGAUGGUCUGAAGGAGGCUUCCGAGCAGCAGCCGGUAGCUGGCCCGAGCAACACGGCUCUCAUUCCCGCUGCUGCUGCCCCCGAUGUUCAGCCGAUGGAGCUAAUUGGUCGGCCCACGAACGCAAAGUACGGCACGCUGGGUCGACCCGUGAAGGUUCUGGUGAAUUUCUUCAGGUUGGAUAUGCGAAUCCCCUCGGAUCCUCUCGCCCACUACGAUGUGCGGUUCUCGAAAGAUGUGCGCAGCAUGGUGGUGCGGAGGGCAAUGAUGAAGGUCAUGUACGCCCAGCACCCUGAGACCUUCCCCGAGGACACUCUCAAGCAACUGGCAUACGACGGCCAGAGCGCCCUCUUUGCCCUGCGCCCGCUCAAGAUCCCGUCGCCCAAGUCGUUCCCUAUCAAGAUUCUGGACGAGCGACCCGCGCCAGCAGCGCGAGGCGAUGACGGGGAGGCGGCACUGAAGAGGCCGCGCAAGGAAGAUUCCAGGCCUCCGCGAAUCAAGGACGAAGUGGAAAUCACUCUCACACAGGUAGCGGAGGUAGAUCUCUCGACCAUCAAGGCUGCCAUCACCCCAGUCACCUCUGCUCCUGUCUCUGCCCAGGACGCCCUCCGCGCUCUCGAUGUGAAGCUGCGCGACUAUGCUGCCCAACGCUUCCUCCUGGUCAAGGACAAGUUUUUUGACAAGAACUUUGGUCGAGUGGCCCCUCUCCCAGGGGGCAUCGAAGCGUGGACGGGCUUUAAUGUCAGCUUCAGGCCCAUUCACAAUGCACUGGCGCUCAACCUCGACGUCGUGACGGCGUGCAUGGUGCAGCUCAUCCCCGUGUUGGACCUGCUGGGGCAUCUCCUCAACCGCAACCCGCCCAACCGCCUCACCGACGCGGAGCGGAUCAGGCUGAAGGGCAUUCUCAGGAACCUGAGGGUGGAGGGAAGGCCUAGCGGGCAGAAGCACAAGGUGUAUGACCUCACACGCGAGGGGGCUGCUGACCUCAGGUUUAACAACCGGCGCAAUAACGACGAGAGCCAGAGCGUGGCGGAGUAUUACGAGCAGCAGCACGGCAUCACCCUGCGCUUCCCCCACCUGCCCUGCAUCUCCGCCUCUAACCGGCCCAACAAGCCCUGCUGGAUUCCGCUCGAGCUGUGCAGCGUGGUGGACGCACAGAGGUACCUGCGCCAGCUGACGCCACAGCAGGUGGCAGCCAUUGGCAAUCUGCGCCUCAAGCCGGACAAGCGCCGCGACGAUAUCAGCAACGCGGUGGGAGCAGCGGGGCUGGCGAGCAACCCUUAUCUGGAGGCGUUUGGAAUGCGCAUCCAGCCCAGGAUGAUGCGGGCUGAUGGCCGGCAGCUGGAGCCUCCAGUUCUGCAGUUCGGGGCGGGCACUAUGCAGCCUCGAGACGGGCAGUGGAAUAUGAACCAGCAGCGCAUGUUUGCACCGGCCGAAAUCAAGUCGUGGGCGGUGGUGUGCUUCGACCACCGCGUGAGGGAGCCCAUGCAGGUGGCAACUGCACUCAGGGACUGCUGCGGUCGCAAAGGGCUGGUCAUCAGCAGCGCCUCUCCAGUGGUGAUCGUGGAGGACACGCGGUCAGCACCCCCUGAGAAGCUGGUGGAGCGGGCUAUCGAGCGCCUCAAGAAAUCCGAGCCUGCUUUCAUUGUCUGGAUCCUGGAUGCUCGAAAGACCAGCCCGCUCUAUGCGCCCAUCAAGAAGCUGUGUGACACUCGCAUUGGCGUGCCCACACAGUGCAUUGUGCAGCCGCCCAAGGGCUUUAACGACCAGUACCUCACCAACGUGGCGCUCAAGAUGAACAUGAAGAUGAGGGGCGUCAACUGGGUGCUGACAGACACAGUCAGGAAGUCCAUGCGUGCGCUCGCUGUGAAGCCCACUAUGAUCUUUGGCCUUGAUGUCUCCCACGGCGCUCCGGGCAGCCGCGCUUCUUCCAUCGCUGCUGUGGUUGCAACCAUGGACCCCCAUGCCAGCAAGUACGCCGUGCGGGUGCGAGCACAGCACAGGAGGCAGGAGACCAUUCUUGGCCUCUUUGAUCCGGAAUCGGCCACUGGCGGCAUGCUUUGUGAGCUGAUGAACGAUUUCGGCAACGCCAACAAGUGUGGGCCCGAGCGCAUCAUCGUGUACCGGGACGGCAUCAGCGAGUCGCAGUUUCCAUCGGUGGGCGCGGCAGAGCUUCAGGCUUUCCGCAAGGCGUUCGAGGUGAUGGGCACGAGAGUGGGCAACCCUUCCUUCCGCCCCCCCAUCACCUACAUCGUGGCACAGAAGCGCAACAAUGUGCGCUUCCUGCCAUCCCAGGGCGGCUUUAAUGUGCAGCCGGGGACCAUCGUUGACCGCGAUGUGACUCAUCCUUUCUUCUUUGACUUUUACAUGGUCUCCCACAAGGGCCUGCUGGGCACGAGCAGGCCAGUACACUACCACGUGUUGCACGAUGAGAACGGGUUCACAGCAGACGAGAUCCAGCACCUCACGCACUCCCUCUGCUACAACUAUGGGAGGUGCACUCGAGCCGUUUCUACUGUGGCACCGGUGUUCUACGCGCACCUAGCAGCUACGCAUUGCCGCAACUACCUCGACCACGACGGCCACGAUGCUACAGACCACUCCUCCGAGUCCAGUGCCGGCCGCAACAGGGACCCCGCCGCCCCCCGCCCUCCCCCUCCGCCCGUGCCUGAGCUGCCGGCUCUGGCUAAGGGCAUGCCCACACGCAUCGAUGGGGCAUUGGUCGGAAGCCUCCCCCCACGCUGCUGCCAGGUUGGGGUGAAGUUGCCGUGUGCGGUUGUGGAGAGAACAGAGACGGUGAGCGGGAGAGGGACAGAGACGGUGAGUGGGAGAGGGACAGAGACGGUGAGUGGGAGAGGGACAGAGACGGUGAGUGGGAGAGGGACAGAGACGGUGAGUGGGAGAGGGACAGAGACGGUGAGUGGGAGAGGGACAGAGACGGUGAGUGAGAGAGGGACAGAGACGGUCUUACAGACGGAAAUACAUCUGCCGUAUGGCUGGAUCAUCACCCCACCAAGCCAAACUUUUCGUUCCCAAAAAUCUGUCCCUUUUUCUCUAGCAGACACCACACACCCAUUAGCGCCACGUGUCGACAUCUCCUUGGUCGGCGCCACACAGCCGCUGCCUCUGCACACCGUGUACAAUCACACAUACAAGCCGAACCCCUCAUUGGGCGACGCUGCCCUGCACGUGCUUAUAUGGAAGCGCCUGCCGGCCUGCGUACCGAAGAGAGGACGCUACCCAUCAAUCACGUGCUGA